UCGUUUCCUGUUCCUCCCCUGGAUGUUCUGAAUUACAUUUUCAGGCGCUCCUUACGAAGGUCUGUGAUAAUAAGUGUUCUGCAAAAAACUGACAGUUUCUAUAAUUUUGUGCAAUUUUGGAUGUCUUUAUAGAAUGUGUUAUAUGUGGAAACAUAGCCUGUGAAUAAAUAUACCGACCACAACUCGUUAAAUGCGUUUGACAACGAGCGCUGUGCAGCUAACCAAUAGCUAGCAUUAGCAAAGAGAAGGCAAGAUGUCAGGCGCUGGGGGAGGAAAGCGUCCCUCGGGAGGGGAUAGUCCCCCUGGUCCACCGGAGAAGAAAAGCAAGAAGGAGGAGAAGACCACCACCACCCUUAUUGAACCCAUACGUAUAGCAGGAGUGUCCUCCACGGAAGAGAUGGACAUGAAGGUGCUCCAGUUCAAGAACAAAAAGCUGUGCGAGCGCCUGGAGCAGAGGCAGGCAAUGGAGGAUGAGUUAAGAGAGAAAAUUGAAAAGCUUGAGAAGAGACAAGCCACUGAUGACACCACGCUCCUGAUUGUCAAUCGCUACUGGUCACAGCUAGAGGAGAGUGUGCAUGUUCUGCGCAAAUGUAUUGAGCCUGAAGCCCCAUCAGCAUCUGCCCCUGCCCCGCCUACGGCACCUCUCCCUGACCCCACACCAAUGGGAGAUGAUGGUGUCAAUAUGGCUUCACCGGGUUCCAUUGUGCCUCCUCCUCCUCCUCCUCCACCAGAAGGCCAAGGUGAGGCUGAGCUGAACAUUCAGCCGCCGGCAGAGUGUCAAGAAGAGCGGCAAGAGGAGCAGAAGCCGCCGCCCCCACCCACUGGGUCAGACGAGUUAAUGACGCCAACAGAGCCUUCACAGGAUUCAUUACCAGAUGGAUCAGAACCUCCUCUUCCCCUAAGUGAAAACGCCAAGGGGUUCUUAACCACGUUGGAGCAGAGCAGCGAAGAGGAACUAACCUUACACCUACAGGACCGCAUGCAGUUUAGCAAAGAGGCCAUUGCCCACUUGGUCUGCGUCUUCGACAGACUGCACAGUGGCAUUGACGACAUGUGUAGGUUCGUCAAGGCUGCAGCGUGUGACAGCGACGGGCAGUCUGACAUCGGCCUGAACCAAACGCUUGUGGACGAGAAUACACGACUACGAGACCUCGCCAUGCUCCUUCAGGGACGACACCACAAGAUGUCUUUGGAGUACAAUGAGUUGGUGGAUAAAGUGACCAGUGCAGAGACAAAGGUGUCUGAAAUGGAGACAACGGUGGAGGACCUUCAGUGGGACAUAGAGAAACUUCGCAAUAGGGAACAGAAGCUCAACAAACAUCUAGCGGAGGCAAUGGAGCAGCUGAAGUCUGGCUACAGCAGCACAGGGAGCUCAGGUGGACUAGCUGGUGGCCAGAUAACUCUGAACAUUCAGAAGUUUGAAAGUCUAAAUGCAGAGUUGGAACACAACCAGGAGUUGGCCAAUAACCGAAUGGCGGAGUUGGAAAAACUGCAGGUGGAGCUCCAGGAGGCUGUGAGAGAGAGUGAAAAGCUCAAGAUGGAUUUGCGCAAUAUUCCAGAAGAGGUUGUGAAGGAAACCUUAGAGUACAAGUGUCUGCAGUCUCAGUUCUCACUGCUGUAUAAUGAAUCUCUUGGGGUAAAAACCCAGCUGGAUGAAGCCCGGGCUCUCCUGCUCACUGCAAAGAACGCCCACCUCCGCCAGAUUGAGCACAUGGAGAGUGAUGAGCUGUCCCUUCAGAAGAAGCUCCGAACUGAGGUGAUCCAACUGGAAGAUACUUUGGCUCAGGUCCGAAAAGAGUACGAGAUGCUGCGCAUCGAGUUUGAACAAAACCUGGCCGCUAAUGAACAAGCAGGACCAAUUAACAGGGAGAUGCGGCACUUAAUCAGCAGUCUUCAAAACCACAAUCUUCAACUGAAGGGCGAUGUGCAGCGCUACAAGAGGAAGCUGCGGGAAACACAGAUGGAGAUCAAUAAGCUCCGUUGUCAGAGUGGAGACGCAGGGGUUUUGAUUCUAGAGGAGACGACGAAUGACAGCAUCGACGUGAAGAAGGAGGAGGAUGAAGACCACGAGGAGGAGGAAGAGAGGAGGAAGGAACUGGAGAGACAGCGGGCCCGGGAGAGAGAGCGCGAGAGGGAGGCCGAGCGAGAACGAGAGAGGGAGCGGGAGAGGGAGAGGCAGCGCAGCGACGAGAUGAAGAGGAAGGACUCGGAUACGCUAAAGAUGCUCAGAGUGGAGCUGAAAAAAGCCCAGGAGUCACAGAAAGAGAUGAAGCUGCUUUUGGACAUGUAUAAAUCGGCUCCGAAAGAGCAAAGGGACAAAGUGCAGCUAAUGGCAGCUGAGCGCAAAUCUAAAGCAGAGGUUGAGGACCUGAGGAUGCGAGUGCGGGACCUGGAGGAGAGGGAGAAGAAGGAGAGCAAGAAGCUGGCCGAUGAAGAUGCUCUCAGAAAGAUCCGUGUGGCUGAAGAGACCAUCGAGCAUCUGCAGAAGAAGCUUGCAGCGACAAAGCAGGAGGAGGAAGCCCUGUUGAGUGAGAUGGACGUAACCGGACAGGCCUUUGAAGACAUGCAGGAGCAGAACAGCCGGCUGCUGCAGCAGUUGCGGGAAAAGGACGAUGCCAAUUUCAAGCUGAUGAGUGAGCGGAUAAAAUCCAACCAGAUCUACAAGCUGCUGAAGGAGGAGAAGGAGGAGCUGGCUGACCAAGUUCUCAUAUUCAAAACCAAGGUGGAUGCCCAGCUGCUGGUGGUCCAAAAGCUGGAGGAAAAAGAGGGAGUGCUGCAGAGUACACUGGCUGCUCUGGAGAAGGAGCUGGCUGUCAGAACACAAGCAUUAGAGCUCAACAAAAGAAAGGCGGUGGAGGCGGCGCAGCUGGCAGAAGACCUGAAGGUGCAGCUGGAGCACACGCAGGCCAAGCUGAAGGAGAUCCAGGUCUCUGUGGCGGAGAACCGCACCGCCCGGGAGAGGGAAAGCAGCAACCUUAAACGAGCACAGGAGGAGCUUUCCCGCCUGCGACGGAAGCUGGAGAAGCAGAAGAAGGUGGAGGUGUACUCUGAUGCAGAUGAGAUCCUCCAAGAAGAGAUAAAUCAGUACAAGGCCAAGCUGCGUUGCCCCUGCUGCAACACGCGAGACAAGGAGACCGUUCUCACCAAGUGUUUCCACGUUUUCUGCUACGAAUGUCUUAAGAUGCGUUACGACACCCGACAGAGGAAGUGCCCCAAGUGCAACUGUGCCUUUGGCGCCAACGACUUUCACCGCAUCUACAUCACCUAAGUCACAUAGAACCCAAGGAGAUGAUGAUGCAAAUGUAGACGGAACCAAAGGAGGGGGGAAAAAUAGACGUCAAGCAGGCGAACUUGAGAUUUAUUCAAAGAGGCAGACAUUUGGGGGAUCUCAUGGCUGUAUCCCAGUUUUAAUCUCUUUGGAAAGACUUGUUUUAUCACCUUUUUUGCCAUUGAUGACCAAACAUAGUGAUAUAUCUCAAUGAGAGUGUUGUGACGUAGUUAAUAAAUGCAGAUGUUUGUGCACACACUGAUAUUCUUACAUGUUGAGCUGCUCCGAGCUGUUUUUAUCUUUGCUGUUCUCAUCAAUGUCACAGAUCCUCUCUUUGAACAAACUGGGCCAACUUUUAAAGCUCCUUAAUGUAUCGGAAAAACUGUACU